AUGGGUGUAAACCCUACUUCUUUUUCAGCUUCUCCACUUGCCCCUGCUCUCUACGUGCUGCUAAACAAAAACCCAAUUAAUUUCUCGUUUGUCAGGUAAAGAUUUAGACAUUAUUCACUGGAUUUAAUUGGGUCUUCUUAAAGUUUUGAUUUUACUUUAUAUUUGCGCAUAAUCUCUGUUUUCUUGAUUUAUAUUGUGAUGAAUAUAUAUAGAUUAUGUUCUAGGCAAACUGUUAGCAAUUUGUCAAGAUUGAGUAGUAGAAUUGUAUCUAAGAAUGGCCAUUUAUGUGUAACUGCAUCACCCAUUAGUUCUUUGUCAGUUGAUAUUUAUGGGGGGUUUGUUUCGAAAAACCCGGUUAGGCCAAACGGGUCAGAACCCAUUUGGUUUGGGAGGAGGUUUUAUCAGUCUGUUCAAGAAUUAGGAUUGGGGGAGGUGGAGAGUGAUGGGGAAGACCCGGAGGAUGAUGGGAGUAUGAAUGAGUUUUUGUCGAGAAUGGUGUGGAUUAUGCGGGGGAAGUUGUCGGAGGUUUAUGUUGAUUCGGAUAGGCAGACAAUUGAUGCAAUGCUGAUGAUUAUUGCGUCGAAGGUUGUGGCGGAGAUUGAAAAGAGUGGUCUUGAGAAGAUGCUUAGUUCGGUGGCUAUGGUCCCGUCGGAUGAUUUUAGUGAGGAUUUGUGGAGGAUGGUUUGGGAGGUUUGUACCAUGGUUUUGGAGGAUAUGGAGAAGGCGGGGAAGAAGGAGAAGAUGAAGAAGUUUCUUCAAGAUGAUGAAGUUAGGGAGAUGUAUAAGUUUGCUGGUGAGAUAGGUGUUCGAGGGGAGAUGUUGAGGGAGUUGAGGUUUAAGUGGGCUCGGGAGAAGCUUGAGGAGAGUGAAUUUUAUGAAAGUUUGGAGCGUCUUCGAGAGGAGGAAAAGCAAGCUCAAGAAGCGGAGGAAUCUGGAACUGUGAGGGAAGGAGAGACUGCUGAAAGUGGUACAGAGAUGGGAAGUGAAAAGAAAGAUAAGGUUUUUGCACUUCCGAAGAGACAUGGGAAGAUAAAAUACAAGAUUUAUGGCCUUGAUCUCUCUGAUCCUAAGUGGGCCGAAGUGGCGAAGAAAAUUCACGAGACUGGAGAAAUCAUCUGGCCUCAGGAAGCAAAGCCAAUAUCAGGGAAAUGCAAACUUAUUACUGAGAAAAUUCUUACAUUACAAGCUGAUGAUGACGUUUCUCCUCUAUUAGCUGAAUGGGUGGAACUUCUCAGUCCCCGCAGGAUUGACUGGAUUGCUUUGCUUGAUAAGUUAAAAGAACAGAAUGAACCCAUAUAUUUUAAGGUUGCAGAGCUUAUACUGAACGAAGAAUCUUUUCAAACAAACAUUCGAGAUUACUCAAAGCUUAUUGACAAUCAUGCAAAAGAGAAUAGAUUAGAAGACGCAGAGAGAAUUCUGAAGAAAAUGAAUGAAGCUGGAAUCAUACCAGAUAUAUUGACGUUAAGUAUUAUGGUUCACAUGUACAGCAAAGCAGGCAACCUUGAUAGAACAAAAGAGGCAUUUGAUAGCUUAAGGAGCCAAGGUUUUAUCCCUGAUGUGAAUGUCUAUUAUGCCUAUAUCAGGGCCUGUGUAAAUGCUGGGAAGCCGAAAUUGGCGGAGUCGCUUGUAACUGAGAUGGAGACCAGGGAUAUUAAACCCACUGAGGAAAUAUAUAUGGCCUUGCUUCGGUCAUUUGUUCAGACUUGUGAUAUUAUCGGAACACAGAGGAUUGCUACUACUAUGCAGUUUGCAGGUUUCCAGCCGACCAAGGAGUUUUGUCGGUUGCUUGUUGAGGCUUAUGGGCAAACUGGGGAUCCAGAUCAAGCAAGGCACCAGUUUGACCAUAUGCUAAGUAUGGGUCACAAGGCAGAUGACAAGUGUACAGCUAGCAUGAUUGCAGCGUAUGAGACUAAAAAUUUAUUGGACAAGGCCUUGGAUCUUUUGCUGCAGCUUGAGAAGGAUGGCUUUGAGCCUGGUGUGGCUACUUACAGUGUCCUGGUCGACUGGUUUGGCCAAUUACAGCUGAUUGAGGAGGCCGAGGAAUUGUUGGGUAAGAUUACUGAGCUAGGUGAGGCUCCUCCUCUAAAGCUUCACAUAAGCCUUUGUGAUAUGUACUUGAAGGCCGGGGUUGAAAAGAAGGCUCUUCAAGCCUUAGGAGUUCUAGAGAGUAAGAAGGAGCAGCUGAGUCAUGAAGAGUUUGAGAGGGUUAUCAGAUCACUGAUAAAUGGUGGAUUUGCCCAAGAUGCUAAAAGGGUACAAGGAUUGAUGGAAACCAGGGGUUUUGCUGCUACAGAUCAACUUAAAGUGCACCUAAUGGCGAUUGAGACUUUAAACAAUACCAAGAGACCAACUUGGUCCAAACCAAUGUCACAGGUAAAACGCUAAAUGGAGUUAGAUUUAGCUCUCCAUAUGUUAGUAUGCAGAGUAAACUUUAGAAUGGUUCACGGUUAUUCUGAUGUAAUGUAAUGCAUUUCCCCUGUUUUGCAAACAGCUAAUGAAUCCGUAGUUGUAAACCAUAGCUGUAACUAGAAAGUGACCUUCCUAGGAUGGAAGUUUACUUCGUAUUUCAAAAUAAUGUAAAACAUGGUCAUUAUUUUUACCCUUUUUGCAGUAA